AUGGAAGAAGACAAUACUGGCAGCCAUAUUAGGCGAUCAACCAGACAACAGCUUAAACAGCAACAACGUCAACAACUAGAGCUACAACAACAACAAUUAGCAGAAGAGGAAGAAGAAGAGGAACAACAAAUACAGUUGCAACAACAGAAACAGAAGCAAUUGGAUCAAAAUCAACGUACCACAAAAAAUCAAGAAACACCGGAAUACCAUGACUUGAAAGAGGAAGAUUUUGAGCGACUCAUGGAAGAGAUGCAAAUCGAUAAGAAUGAUGAUGGUGAUGAUGGGUCCUCUGACGAGUAUAUUUUUUCAGACGAAUCGGAUGAUUAUGACGAUUACGAUAAUAUUAAUAACAACAAUAAUGGAAAUAAUAAAAUUGGUGGGCCAAUAUUGAGUGAUGAACCAGAAGAAGAUGAUUAUGAUGAAGAUUAUAAUUUUAAAGAUGCAUUGAAAGGUGCUAGUAACUUUAGAGUUAGAAAUCGAAGAGAAAAGAUCAGUAAAAAUUCUAGAUCCUAUUAUAAACGGAAAAUGAUGAGAGCAGAUAAUCGAGAGUUGGACCCAGAAGUACGACUGAAUUUAUCACAAGCUAAUGAAGCGUUUGUUCGUAAAGAUUUGCAAGUAGCCCAACAAUUAUAUCUCGAAGUUAUUAAGAAGGAUCCCAAAAAUUUUAGUGCUUACAAGGCUUUGGGGGAGAUAUCUAAAGCACAAGGGCAACUUAAUGAAUGUUGUAAUUAUUGGUUAUUGGCAGCUAAUAUCCAUCCUUGGGACACAGAAUUUUGGGGUCAAGUUGCCCAAUUGUCAGCGGAAUUAGGUCAUAUUGAUCAAGCUGUUUAUUGUUAUGGACGUGCAAUUACCCCUGAUAUAGCAAAAAGUUGUGAAUUUAUAUUACAACGUGCCAUCCUUUAUCAAGAACGGAAACAAUAUGGUAAAGCAUUAGAUGGAUUCCAAAAAGUGCGACAAUUAUACCCUAAAGAUUCUAAUAUUAUAAAGUAUUUAGCAUCAGUUUAUCUGGAACAAAAAAGAUUGAAUGACGCAAUUAAUUUAUAUAUGAAAGUUCUCGAUAGUAACAUUCAUCCAGAACGAGAAUCCAAUGAGUUAUAUCCUAAAUUUGAUUGGGCCGAACUAAAUAUUUUAUUGGAAUUACAUCUACAAAAUCAUUCAUGGAGAAUGGGAUUGAAUGUAUUGAAAUUAGCAUCAAGAUGGAUUCAAAAUAGAAGUCAAGAGACUUGGUGGGACGAGAAUGAAGAUUUGGAAUUUGAUUCGCGCCAAAGAUUCGAAGUGAUUCUGACGUUAUCAUCUCAAGAUCAAAUAGAUUUAGCCGAGAACAAACCGUUUGACCUACCGAUUGAUAUUCGAUUCAAAUUGGGUUGUUUAAGACUUGGUUUACAACAAAAAGAUGUAGCUGUUCAACAUUUUGAUUAUUUAUUGGAAGAACAAGAUGUUUCUGAUUUACAUUUUGAAGCCGGGAAAUUACUUGAAGAACAUGGUCAUUAUGAAGAUGCAUUGAAAUUCUUACUGAAAGCCAGUGAAGAUGAAGAAUUUACUAUCAGUUUGGAACUUGUUCAAUUAUUAGCUAAAUGUUAUUUUGAAGUUGGAGACUAUCAUGAAUCAAAGCAAGCUUACGAAACUUUAUUACAACAUGAUCCAGAUAAUUUAGAUUUUAAAUUAUCGUUAGCUGAAAAUUUGUAUUAUUUGGGAGAUAGUGCUGGUGCACAAAGUUUGAUUCGUCAAGUUCGACAAUCCAAACCUAAAGUACAUCAUAAGAAUGGGGCGUCAAUUGAAGAAGAAGAAGAAGAAGAGGAGGAGGAAGAAGAUUUGAAUUUGGAUACCGCACAAUCGGGAAACAUACGAUCCUUGAUUCCAAAUGAAUUCAAAGUCCAUGGCAAGAGAAAACUUACUGAACAAGAGAAGGAAGAAAUUGAAAAUAAUGCUAAACGGAAAGUUUUGGAAAAAUUUGGACGUAUGGAAAGAUUACAAGAAUCAAUAGAUUCUGGUGAUAGAAUUGCCAUUGGGGCUUGGUUACAAUUGGCAUCACAAUUGAUUGAAAUCUUCACUAAUGUGAAAAGUUUCUUCCCUCGAGACAAAAAUAGAACGUUUAAUGGUAUAGUGAGAUAUCGUAGACGCAAAGAUAUGGGACUCGAUGAAAAAUUGGCUCGAGCCUAUAAUUUAUUAGAAGGAAUAGUACAAGAUGAACAUUAUACUCGACAUACAUUGACUAAUAAAACUGAAUAUCGUGGACUUAGUUAUGAUCAAUGGUUUGAUAUUUUUGCCCAAUAUGCAGUAUUGAUAUCUCGGUAUGAGAAUAAUAUUGAUUAUGCUGAUGAAAUUGUCGAUAUUGCCCUAGCAGUAAAUGUUUUUAUUCAGGAUAAGCGUAAGGAAACGAUAUUAAGAGCAUUGAAAUUAGCAUUUGGUGUUAGACGUAAUCGUGUUGUUGAUUCACUAUUCAUAUAUCUUCGACAUUUUUUAAACUUGAACCAAUUUUCUCCGUUUAUAUAUAAAUUAUUUAUGUGUUGUUAUGGUUCAGGAAUUGAAUAUUGGGAACAAUUUGCCAGUUAUAAUCAUCAAAAAUAUUUUUUACGUCAAUUGAAAAGUUAUGAUUCUUGCUAUACGGGGAAAAAUGUUUCAGGAAUGGCACAUAUAACUACCGAUCUUAGUGGAUUUAAAUUGGGACCUCAUCAUCUUGAUCUCAUUUAUGUGUAUGGGAAUCUACUUGGAGGUAAUAAAAGUUAUGUUUCUUCACUUUUUUAUUUAAAUCGAGCUUAUAAACAAUAUAAUCAAGAUCCAAUGUUAUGUUUAAUUUUGGGUUUAGGUCAUCUUCAUCGAUCAAUGCAAAGAUUAAGUGCAAAUAGACAUAUUCAAUUGCUUCAAGGGAUAAGUUAUAUUUUAGAAUAUAAAAAACUUCGUCAAUUGAAUGCCACGAUUUAUGAAUUACAAGAAAUUGAAUAUAAUUUGGGUCGGCUUUUCCAUACUCUUGGAUUAUUUACACUUGCAGUACGACAUUACGAACAAGUUUUGGCUAUGAAAGAUGAUAUUGUAAACAGUAGUAAAGACAAUAAUGAUAAUUAUGAGUAUGAUAUGUCUUGGGAAGCUGCUUAUAAUUUGUCUUUAAUUUAUAACAUUGACGGUAAUCCAAAAUUGGCUAAGGAAAUAAUUGACAAGUAUUUAACAAUUGUAUAA